UCUCGAAAAGAAUGAUGACUUCGUUAUGAAUGUGCGAUAGAAAAUUUUCAAAAGUUUAAAGCAAAAUGUUGAAAACCUUCCUCCGCCGAACAAACUCUCUGGUUCCGAUUGUUCGGAACGCAAGCUCUGAUUCAAAGGCAACAGUUUGGCCGCGCAAAAUUUUCUCUGGUGUCCAACCAACCGGUGCCCUUCACAUAGGUAACUAUUUCGGGGCCGUUAAACGAUGGGUAGAUCUGCAAAACGCCGGGGAGGAUGUAACUUACUGUAUAGUGGAUCUGCACUCGAUAACGCUUCCCCAGGAUCCUCAAGUUCUACGACAUAACAGCCUGCAACUGGCGGGCACCCUUUUGGCUUGUGGAAUAGAUCCCUCCAAAUCAACGAUAUUCCUUCAGUCAGCUGUCGCCCAGCAUACAGAACUGAGCUGGAUCCUGGGCUGUAUGACAACGAUGGCUCGGCUUACGCAUUUGCCACAGUACAAAGAAAAAUCGGCUAAGCUUAAAGAAAUCCCUUUGGGAUUGUUUAUUUAUCCGGUGCUACAGGCAGCCGAUAUAAUGCUUUAUAGAGCGACCCACGUUCCUGUGGGAGAAGACCAGGUUCAGCAUUUGCAGCUGGCAAUGUCCUUGGCGAGAGCUUUCAACAACCGAUACGGACCCACAUUUCCCUCCUGUGAGGCGCUCAUUUCAGAUGACAUUAGCAGCCGUUUGAAAUCGUUGCGUGAUCCUUCAAAGAAAAUGUCCAAAUCAGAUCCGGACCCGAAAAGCUGUAUAAUGCUUACAGACAAGCCUGAAGCUAUUCUGGAGAAAAUUAAGAAAUCCGUUACCGAUUUCACCUCGGAGGUUACUUUUGAACCGGACAAACGUCCCGGUGUAGCAAAUCUUGUCACAAUUCAUUCUUUGGCCAGUGGAAAAAGUCCACAGGAAAUUUGCGACGAUGCCAAGGGCUUGAAUACCGGCCAGUACAAACUACUUGUGGCCGAAGCUCUGAUUGAGCAUUUGAAACCAAUUCGAGAGCGAAUGGAGAUGUAUACGGCUGAUCAGGGCUUCUUGGCUACCGUUAUAGAGAACGGCUGUAACAGGGCACGUGAAGUGGCCGAACAAACGCUUGUCGAGGUGAAAGCCAAAGUAGGGAUCGAUGGAUUUAGCAGUUUGGUACGAUCACAUGGCGCUGUUAGUCAUCGACCAGCUAAAUUGGUUGUAUAGUGUAGGAACGUUAAAUAUAGUAAAAUAAAAUGUUAUCAAAAGUAUUGA